CUCUCUCUCUUUUCCCCCACCUCGCUCUCUCCUCUCUUCCUCUUCCCCCAAUCUCCGACAGUUGCCAAAUUUCCCUUCCCACCCCCAAACCCAAACCCCAGCGACGACGGCGACGACGCGCAGCAGACGAAAGCGAGCGAGAGGCGAGAGAAAUCCCAUCGUUUCCCAAACCCUAACCCCCUCCUCCUCCUCCUCCAGAUCUCGGCGGCCGCGCGGCUGAUGCGAGGUGAGCCCCGUCCGCCCUAGGGUUUGCGGCGGGGUGCGUGGUGGUGGUGGUUGGGCCGGGGGGGACGGGGCCCUCCUGCUCGCGGGGGUGGGGGUUGGGUGGGGAUGGCGGCGGCGCGCGCGCACGUGAAGGACCCGGCGCACCGGACCAAGGUGGUGCUCCGGAGGCUGCCGCCGGCGAUCGCGCAGCAGGCCGUCGUGGAACAGGUCGACGCGCGCUUCGGCGGCCGGUACGACUGGUCGUGCUUCCGCCCCGGCAAUGCCAGCCAAAAGAAUCACAGAUAUUCUCGACUCUACCUUAACUUCAAGGGCCCAGAAGAUGUCGUUGAAUUUGCUGAGGUCUUCAAUGGUCAUGUGUUUGUGAAUGAAAAGGGUGCUCAAUUUAAAGCUCUUGUGGAAUAUGCACCAUCGCAACAGGUCCCCAAGUCAAACACGAAGAAAGAUGCUCGUCAAGGAACUAUAAUGAAAGAUCCGGAAUACUUGGAGUUUCUUGAAUCGAUUUCAAAGCCUGCUGAGCAUCUGCCAAGUGCUGAAAUUCAGCUCGAAAGGAAAGAAGCUGAAAGGGCAGCUGCUGGAAAGGAACCACCUGUUGUGACGCCUCUUAUGGUCUAUGUUCGCCAGCAAAGGGCAGCUAAGAGUAUGGCUCAGAGAUCUGGAAGUAGUAGACUCAGUAGAAAAGUUGCGGGUGUUGUUACUAGCAGUCCUAGUCCUUCUAAAAGGGGUUCUGAGAAGCGCAGGACCUCUGCUUCGACGCAAUAUGUUCUACGAGAGAAUGCUAAGGAGAAGCCAACUUAUAUCUUAGUGCCAAAGAGAGACGAGCAUGCGCAGAGGGAAAAAGGUACUGCUGGAACUUCAGAUGCUACAAGUGGCGGGAUUUCUGGUUCUGCUCAUGUCGCGGAAAACAAAAAAGAGAAAAUUGUGCUUUUGAAAGGAAGAGCAAGGGUCGAUUCUAAUACAUCUGAUGUCACAUCUCAGCAGCAGUCAGGGACCCCUAUGAAAAAUGCUGCACAAUCUAGUUCUAGGCAAGAUCCGCGGCUUGAGGGCAGUGGCAGAAUUAUUAAGACUAUACUUUCAAACAAGGAAGGACGGCAUGUGGUUACGUCUCAACAUGAUCAGGAAGGUCACAUAAUUACAGCUGAGAAGCGCCCACCACGGAUUCCAAACCCACGUUCCGUUGUUAAAGAUCAGGUAGUUGAAAAUGCUGAGAAAAACCAUUUGGAUGACAAACAUAGUCAUCUCCAUGGUUCUGGGCUCAUCAGUGAAAAGACUGAAAGACAUGCUAGAAAUAGAGAUAGGCCUGAUCGUGGUGUAUGGGCCCCUCGUCGCUAUGACAAAUCUGCAUCAGGUGGGACGCAUUCCUCGUCAUCUGAGUUCUCACCAAUGCAGCAACAUUCUGGUGAAAAUUUCUGUCAGCAAGCAGAUGGCCAUGGAGAGAGAAAAAUAGACCCAAGGGGUCAUGGUGGUAUUCGCGGAGGCCCUGUGGAAAAUGGACAUAGACAUGCUAACCGCCGUGGUCCUCCACGUGGUCUGAAGGAGAUGGAAAUUUCUGCAAGCACAUCUGAUGGAAAGCCUUCAAAGAGAGCCUCUGCCAACUAUGGUGCUCAUGAGAGGCAAGUGUGGGUUCAAAAAUCAAGCUCGGCGACGUGAUCUUGUCCAAUGAUGAUACUCAUCAAAACAAAUAUUGCAAGUUGUGGAGUUCUGGAUUUUGCAGCUUGAUCCUGUGAAGUACUGUUAACAAAAUGCCCCCGAUCAUAUGCUUCCAUGAAGUGCAAUCUCAGAUUUGUCAAUCGAAAUCUCAGCUUUAGCUGAAAAGGGAGCUUAUAUGAUUUGAUUCACAGCAAUAGUGAAUUAACAUAACCCACUUUAGGUAGCUCUUGAUUGCUUUGGGUGAGACUUGAUUUGGGCCCAAGGUUGCUAUUCUGGAGCAAUGGAAGGAUUUAGGUUGGCAUCAUUACCCUCGUGACAGUGGUCACAUAUUUCUGAGACCCCUGGAGAAUAUACACGACCUCAACUAAUCAGAGAUGGGUGUACAUAUCUCUAGAGAAAGAAGAGGUCUGGUUCUGACUUCUGUUCGCAGGUUAGCGGUGCCAUGUAUCUACAAAAGAGAUAAAAAAAAGUUAUCAGACUGCCUGGUUUGCUAAAUAAAAGUGAAUUAGUUGAUAGAUUAUGAGAAUCCACUGUUUAGGCGGCUGCGACCGUGGUCACCAACAGAAGUUACCCUAGAGUGCAAAGUGGCAUCUCAUUUUGGUUUUGUGCCCCUGCCCCCCCUGAGUAACGGGAUGUGGUAUUGUUUUGACAUGUGGAUGUUGAUGGUGUGCGUCUUCCUGUUAAUGUUUCACCAGAUAAUUAUGGGGGUAUUGUUAAGAAUGAUGAUAUGAUGUACAGCAUCAAAGGUGCUUGCUGUUUUAAUCUUGAGCAAGUUGUCGUGCUUCUAUGAAAUGUGAUUGUUAACAAUUCGUUGGGUGCCUUAA